AUGUAUGCCGAAAUAGGCUGGGGACCUCCAUAUGCUGCGGCAAAGUUUCGCUGUUAUGAUAAGUCUGACCCCGCCCGAAAAUUAGCAUUUAUGCGAAUCCAGCGCCAAGUCCCCCGCUAUGGUACUGAAUGGGCUUCACUCCCAACUCGAGCUGCUCAAGCAAUCUGUGCGCAUGAGUCACCUUCGGAAUUAGAAGCCUUCAAGAUUUUCAAGCAGAAGAAUUGCUCCGAUGUUCCCCAGCUCCUGGAAUAUCAUGAGGGACAACAGCCAGAUAACGCGCUUGUUCCUGGGGGAUUUACUUCCACUGUUGUUUGGGAAACUGUCCCAGGGUGCCCUUUAUCGAGUGAGCUUUUCUGGGGAUAUGACCGCACAAAGAGGGACUUGAUCCGUGCAGAGUUUUAUUCUGUUCUUCGGUAA